AUGACUCUAUCGAAUAUUUAUAAUCAAAUGCCAAAACGUUAUUUACUUAGUUUAUUGGGAUUUUUCGGAUUAUUCAAUGCAUUUAUCUUACGAUCGAAUCUGUCAAUUGCAAUUGUCGCAAUGAUUACUCCAACGAUCGUAAAAACUUCUGCGAAUACGACGACAAUAAUACCAGCUGCCUUUAAUUGGAGUACAACAACACAAGGUUAUAUUCUUUCGUCAUUCUUCUACGGCUAUGCUUUUGCUCAAAUACCAGCUGGACUUUUAGCAACAAGAUUUGGUGGAAGAAUUUUAUUCGGUGGUAGUGUUGGCUUGUGUGCCUUCCUAACUCUAUUUACACCAUUAUGUGCUCAGUGUGGAUCAGGAACAUUAAUAUUCUUACGAGUUCUCGAAGGUCUUAGCUCAAGCUGCGUAUAUCCAUCAUUACAUGCUAUAUGGUCGAUAUGGGCACCAAAAACGGAUAAAUCAAAGCUGGCAACAUUUACAUUUUCGGGAGGUUAUAUUGGUACAUUUGUAACGAUGCUUUUCGGUGGUGUUAUUGCUACUGAUUGCUCAUGGGAAUGGGUAUUUUAUAUAUCAGGAAUUUUGGCUCUUGCAUGGACAGUAGUUUGGUUUUAUGUGACAGCCGAGUCACCGUCAACUCAUCCGACAAUAUCACAUGAAGAAGCAAAAUAUAUUGAAGACAACAUGGAUCAAGCGAUAUCACGCAAACAAACAAUUCCUUGGAAAUGUAUCCUAACAUCCUUACCAGUAUGGGCAAUUAUUGCGGCGCAUUUCGGAACAAAUUGGGCUAUCUAUACAAUGUUUACUGAAUUACCAACUUUUCUUGUCAAAUCGCUUGGCUUUCGUGUUGAUACGGCUGGUAUAUUAGCUGCUCUCCCUUGGUUGCCAGUAGCUAUAUCAGUGUAUGGAGCAGGCUUUAUUUCAGAUAAAUUGACUGAAAAAUAUUCAACCUUAUAUGUUCGAAAAUUCAUUAUGUCUAUAUCUUUUAUUGUAAUGAUAUUGGGUUUUCUUGCCGUAACUUUAUUGGACGCUAAACAUCGUGCCUUAAUUAUGAUUGGUAUUAUAGUUGUGAUUGGUACAUGUGGUCCUGCUUGGGCAAGUUUCGGUGUUAAUCAUCUCGAUAUUGGUGGACAUUAUGCAGCUGUUCUCAUGGGUAUAUCAAAUUGUAUUGGAUCGACACCAGGUUUCAUUGUACCAGUUAUCACAGGUUACAUUGUUCAAAAUCCGGAAUUGAAACGUGAAUGGAAUGCAGUAUUCAUUAUCUCGAUCUUAAUUUGUGUAUUAGCUAUCAUGUUUUAUACAUUUUUCGCUGCCGGUGAAUUACAAGUAUGGGCGUCAAAUAGUGCUGAUGAAUAUCAACAUGUUCUCAACAAUCCAAUAUCAUCGCGAGAUAUUAGUGAACGCAGUGGUUUAAACGAAAAGAAUAUUGAUGAUUUGACAGAUCGUCUCAAAGCCGAGAUUCACGAUGAAAAGAAUGCCGAGUGA